CAGCUGUUACAAAAGCAGAUUUUUGGAGAGUGUUUCAUAGGCUCCAAAUACCCAGCUGACAGGCUACAGGCUGCUUGUAUGAAGAGACAGAUAUAAAUAGGAGCAAUUCACUUCAGCACAGAAGUUUACAGAACUUUCUCGACUGAUGGCACCCAUGUUUAUUAUAACCAGCGCUGGGUAUACAAAGCUUGAAGCCAGAGGAACAAGACAGAUUUCUCUUUCCCAAUGAGCCUGCUAAAUACACUGAAGAAACUAAGUUAAUAUCAGUUUAUUUUUGUCUCAUCUUCAAAAUUUGUUGGUGACUCUCUUCUUUGGAAUAACUUGCUUUAAACUGUAUAUUAUCACUGCCUGAAAAUAUCCCUCCUUAUCUGGAAUUAACUUAUAAUUUCAGCUCUUUAUAACUUGGAAAGAUUAAAUGGCUGACAGUCAGUUGCCCUUCUCCUGUCACUACCCUGCCAGCAGACACAGGGGAGCCCGGGAUCCUUUCCGAGAUCCAGGUUUGCCCUCUCAUCUACUAGAUGAUGAUUUUCAUAUUUCACCAUUUCAUGAUGAUCUAACUAUGGACUGGCCAGACUGGGCAAGGCCCAGACUAACUGCAUCCUGGUCAGGUCCAUUGAGAUCAGGCCUUGCACGGACCUCUGGGGUCUCCCCACCAGGUUACAGCGCGAGAUAUACCGGUUAUCCUGAACCAAGGAACACUGUUGCUAACCCCAGCCAGCCAUGGAAGGUCUGUGUUAACGUGCAAACAUUUAAGCCAGAAGAGCUGACAGUCAAAACCAAAGAUGGGUUUGUAGAAGUCUCAGGUAACCAUGAGGAACAGCAGAAGGAAGGAGGAAUUGUCUCCAAGAACUUCACUAAGAAAAUACAGUUGCCAUCAGAAGUUGAUCCCCUGACUGUAUUUGCAUCUUUGUCUCCAGAAGGCCUUCUCAUAAUUGAAGCACCAUUAGUGCCAUCUUACAACCAGCAAGGGGAUAGACAGUUAUACCUAUGAGCUUCCAUUAGACCCACAAGAAGUGAUUGUUUCCUAAAAAUAAAAAAAAACUCCAAUUAAAGCCACCACAGGAGAACCACACUUGGAUUCCACUCAGUGUGUGUUUGCCAAACAAAAGUUUGAUCAUUUCUAUUGUGUUUCCUAAAAUAGGUCAUGUGUCUUUACUGCUACUGUAGUAUUUAAACUACUAAAUUUAGGACUAGAAAACAGAAUUCUUAGAACUAUGAGAAUGUAUAAUGACAUUAGUAAAGUUCCAAGCCCUUUAAAUAAAAGAUAGGCUUUUACUCUCAGUUGAAAUAAAUGUUGCUAAAGACAA